CGAGUCAGAAGCGGUACGUCACUGUGACGUCAUCUGACUGCCAAAGCUCUCCAUGUAGUAAGAGUUGCAGGACAUCUUUUACGACCUUGGUAAGGUUUUCGCUCCACACAUUCUAGAAAGAUUAACAGUUAGGGUGUAAGGAAUAAUGCCUUCGAGUGUAUGUGCUGUCUCGAACUGCGAGAAUUAUUACCGUAAAACUAAGGGGACGAAUAUCAUGUACCAUCGAUUUCCCCAGAACAGAGCUUUAAGUAAGAUAUGGGAAGAGCGCUGUAAAAAAAAGUACGAGUUCAACGUGAAAAAUGCUGUUAUUUGUUCGGAGCAUUUUACCGAACGUGAUUAUGAAAGGGAUUUAAAAAAUGAACUAUUAGGUUUACCACUUAAAAAAUUGUUAAAGAAAGAUGCAAUUCCUACUCUGAAUUUACCAGGAUUUGAAAAUGUUAAGAAAUCUUCCAAUUCCAAACAAGACAAAGUUCAAGAUGAUAAUGCAUUUUUAAUGGAGUCUGGCGAAUUCUUCUCUGUGUCAAGUGAAAUGUUUAGUUUGGAAGGAAUGAAUGAGUAUUUGGAAAUGAAAUUGCUUGAAAAAGAAGAGGAAAUAAGUAACUUGAAAGCCACAAAUCGUCGCCUCAGCAACAGAAUAUUCACACUGGAAAGGAGGAACGAGACGUUACUUAAGAAAGUUCGAAUGAUGAGAAAAAAUAAUUUGAAACCUAAAAAGAAUGUAAAACGUAAUGCAUAAAAAUAUUGGACUGCCAUAAAUUUUUAAUGGCUUUGUAAUUAUCAAGAG